GAGCGCAGUAGUACGCAGAGGUGAAAGCUCAGCGUGACAGUGUGUGUGAUCUCUCCUCUGUGAGAGAACAUGGGACAUAUUUUUGGAUAUCCGAGAGCAUUUACAGCACAAGCAAUAAUAACCUGCGGGUCUAUCGGAUUAUUGUUUAAUCCCUCACUUACCGCGCCUCGCCCCAGAAGCGACUGAUAACGCGCAGAGGUCCCGAGACGAGCAGCGCGAUCUCACAUGAAUCUUUGUUAUUCAGAGAAAAACAGAAAUGGAGCCAUGAUUUCUGCCAGACGCGCUAGCAUCGGCUGCUCAAGCUAACUGGAGCGCGAAUGUGGAUAUCCUUCUUCCUUCUGUCAGGCUGAAGUUUUUCUAACAUCAAAUUGCAGCAGGAACAUAUUGUGAUUGUGAGAAGUUUAUUCCCUUAACUGUGAUAUAAAAUCAAUGUUGUGCGCUUGUUUUUGACGCGCUAGGGCUCAUUGCUAGUAGCGUUAGCCGAUGCUGUGUUACUCCACCUGAACAACGGCUCGUCUUUAAUGUAUUUUAAUUAGUUUUACGAUAACAAAUAUACAUUUCUUAUUGUUAAUAUUGUCAGAACCGUGCAGGUGAUUAUGAGAUAAAAUUGUGAUGAGAUUAUUUCUUUGUAUUGACAGGCUGGCAGGCGCAUGCUAACAAUGCACUAGCUUGAUAGCUCCAUUGCUUUUCUAUUAACGUAUAGCAAUAAUUUGCCAUGAGACAAUAGAUGUUUUGCUAAAUUGUUUUGAGACUUUUACGCGUUUUAUUUUCAUUCCUUGUCAGUAACGAUGAUUUGAGCGUGUCGGAAGAAAUGUAAACAACCUAGUUGUUCAGUUUGCCAGCCAAUAAAGUAUGCAUGCAUUGAUGAUCCAUAUUAUUUUACAAUAUUUAGACUGGACGAGUGAAUACGGCUGGACACAAGGCUGUACCCUUUAAACCAUUUCCGGGUCUGGACUGGACGGGUGGGAAAUGGUUUGAUUUGGUCUGUCUGCUGAUUUGGCCUGACACCCAUUUAAAGAUAGACCUGACACAAGAGACUCAGACCCCCAAAGCUCUGGAGGAUCCAGGGCCCAUCUUUGACAUCAGAGAGGGACACACACAGUUGUCUCCUAUCCUUUGCUCUCAGUCUGGCUCUGAUGUGAGCGAUCAUGGGCACCCAGGGCAGCCCUGUGAAGAGCUACGACUACCUGCUCAAGUUCCUCCUGGUGGGAGACAGCGAUGUGGGAAAAGGAGAGAUUCUGGACAGCCUUCAAGAUGGAUCUGCUGAGUCUCCAUAUGCCUACAGCAGUGGAAUCGACUACAAGACCACCACAAUCCUGUUGGACGGGCGGAGAGUGAAACUAGAGCUUUGGGACACCUCGGGACAAGGCAGGUUUUGCACCAUUUUCAGGUCGUACUCCAGGGGAGCGCAGGGGAUCCUGUUGGUGUAUGACAUCACCAACCGCUGGUCAUUUGACGGGAUAGACCGCUGGAUCAGGGAGAUUGAUGAGCAUGCACCUGGUGUGCCCCGUAUUCUUGUGGGUAACCGGCUGCACCUGGCUUUCAAGCGACAGGUCCCCACAGAACAGGCACGGGCGUACGCAGAAAAAAACGGCAUGACGUUUUUCGAAGUGAGUCCCCUCUGUAACUUCAACGUCAUAGAGUCGUUUACGGAGCUCUCACGCAUCGUGCUCAUGAGGCAUGGCAUGGAGAAGUUCUGGAAGCCCAACAGAGUAUUCAGUCUGCAGGACUUGUGCUGCCGCGCCAUCGUUUCCUGUACCCCUGUGCACCUAAUCGAUAAGCUACCGCUUCCUGUAGCCAUCAAGAGCCAUUUGAAGUCAUUCUCCAUGGCGAACGGCAUGAACGCCGUCAUGAUGCACGGUCGGUCCUACUCGCUGGCCAACGCCGCCGGAGGCAGCAAAGGCAACAGCCUCAAACGCUCCAAAUCCAUCCGGCCGCCUCAGAGUCCGCCACAGAACUGCACCAGGAGCAACUGUAAGAUCUCCUAGCCUCUGGGCAUGGGGGUGGGGCUGCCCCCUCCCUUCCCUUAUAUAACACUCAGGUGCACACGGGCAAACACACAAGGAAACCGACACAGGGCUGGGUCGAUGACGCAACAGAGGUGUGGCACCUCCCAACGUGGAGAGAGCAGGAUGUGAACAAACACUUCCUGGCGCUACAAACGGCUACAUUAUUCCCCUCACAUUGCUGCAGUGCAUUUGAUUUCUCACCCACAGACCUUGAAUAAAAACGGGUCCUUCAUCAGACUCUUUGAUUUGUUUUUUAAGGCAGUGAUCACCGACAGCAUGUUUCCUUCUUCACUAGCGCCCUCUGCUGGAGAAUUCAUGCAGAUUAAACCCUGCAGUGGCUGACAGGCCUCAUUUUGAAGUUGUUUUAUGGGCUUAUUACGCUUUGGUUGAGUUCUCGGUUGCUCAUACUCAUAAUCCUCUGUGCUUUGCAUAUGGUUUUCCUCUUUUUGGCUCUUCUGUUCUGAAAGACCCCUUCUGUUCUCCCUGCAAAGUACCUCAAACGGUCACAUGGUCUUGCAUGCUUACCAACAAUGAGAGGGCUGAUGCGAAAUUACUUGUAGUGCUUGCGUAUGAACUGAUGUAUUAAAAAUGUGAUUUGCACUGCAAA